AUGAGCAUGUCAGCAGGCCAGGUCAGUUCGACGAGGACGGACUGUGGAGCACCCCGGGAGAGGGUUCUUGUCACGCUCAAGGAGGUCAUUAUCAACAUCGCCAAGGAGGCCGGUGUCAAGCAAGUCAUCUCAUCCACCACCUUGGGAGUCUCAAUGUUGGAGGAUGGUGUGGCUGUUUCGGCAGGGUCGUUCAUGCAAAAGCACAUGGUCAACAAGAGGUCGAUUGAGAAGAUGGUCGAAGAUGCCGGCUUCGAAUCCUACACUCUGCUACGUCCUACCUUCUUCAUGGCCAACUUCUUGGAACCCAAGAACAAGCGCUACACGGAAAUCCGCGACGAGCAUCAGUGGACCACGGCUUUCACAGCGGAGUCAGAGUUCCCGCUUGCCGAUCACGAGGAUAUUGCCAAGUUCACCAUUGCUGCUCUUCAAAACCCAGAGCAAUACCAUCGGCGCGCACUGAGCAUCGCGAGCGACCAGCUCAAGAUACAGGAUAUCCUGGAUCAACUCGCCGAUGCCAUUGGGCGUCCGGGCACAAUACGUGCCAAGUUUCUGACGGACGCGGAGGUCGAGGAACAAGAGAAAUCAACAGGUUUUUCGAACACCCACAAGUCGCUGCGGACUACUUCCAACUACAUCAACCUGGAUGAGCUGCGGGCAAUGGUGUCGCUGACUUCGUUCAAGGAAUUCCUGGAGCGAGAAAAAGAUGCUGUGAAGAAGACGUAUCCUCUUAAGAUAGACUGA